UUGGGGUAGGAAAAAUAAACAAAACUUUAAAGAAGAAGAUUUUGUAUUGGAGAAGAAAAAGGACAGAACCUAUUUUGACGAACGGCUACGAUACACACCAGGUAGGUUGAUAUAUAACCUUUUCCUACUACUAAUCUUACUUAUCUUCGGGGGACGGAGAGAGAGAAAGACAAAGAGAUGAGUUUGAUGAAUCCUUAUAAGAAGGUUUUAAGUUUCGAAUCCCCAAGCUUCAUUGAAUGGCUUAAACCUCCAUCUUCUACUUCUUCUCAAUCUAUCUUAUAUCGUAUGAAGACAAGAGAUGCUAUAUCAAGAUCAAAUCACCACCAGAGUCAGAUGAAUAUGUUGGAACCACUCAACACGUCUAUUCAAUGCUUGCCUCUCCUAAACAAGCUCAUGGAAAAUAAGAGUCGUCAAGCCUUGGAUGAUAUUAAAGAAGAGAAUAAGGAUGAUGUGGUUACUCUCCAAAUCGGAUUUCCUAAAUAUCACCGUGGUAGCUCGGAUGAUGACUCUGAUACAACUUUCGAUCAUCAGAAGAAACCCAUCAAGAGAGAGAUAAUAGAAGAUGGUGUGGUGAUGAUGAAGAAGAGGAGGAAGAUGAAGUUUGAUGAGGAGAUAACUGAUUCUGAUGUGGAAGUAUGUGGGAAGAGGUUUUGGAUACCAAGUCCGGCUCAGAUUCAUGUCGGUCCAAUGCAAUUUGCUUGCUCUAUUUGCAGCAAAACAUUCAAUAGGUACAAUAACAUGCAGAUGCAUAUGUGGGGACAUGGAUCUGAGUUCAGAAAAGGGGCUGACUCCUUGAAGGGCACAACACAACCUGCAGCCAUUCUGCGGCUGCCAUGCUAUUGCUGUGCGGAGGGAUGCAAGAACAACAUCAACCAUCCGCGGUCCAAGCCCUUGAAGGAUUUCCGUACACUUCAGACACAUUACAAACGUAAACAUGGCUCCAAGCCCUUUUCUUGCGGCAAAUGUGGCAAAGCGUUGGCUGUGAAAGGCGACUGGAGGACCCAUGAGAAAAACUGCGGAAAGCUUUGGUAUUGUACAUGUGGAUCAGAUUUCAAGCACAAGAGGUCUCUCAAGGACCACAUCAGGUCCUUUGGCAGUGGACAUUCUCCUCUCCCAUCUCUUUCGUUUGACAGUUUUGAGGAGGACACAGAAUGUGUCACCACAGAGUGAGAGUGAUGUUAGAUACACCGGGGAGAUUGUGGAAUCAUCGACUGACUGGUAAGAUCCGAAUUUUCUAAUGUUGCUUCAAAACUAUGCACCACAAAAACAUCUCAAGUCUACCAAAGAAUUUCUAUCUUGAAAAGGAAGAAAUUCUUUGUUAGACUCGAUAUCAAAAUAUAGAAAUUUACAACAUAAGAUGAAGCAACAUUUUAAAAUUUAGAUCUUUUUCUUCGGAUACGGUUACGAUUAAGUCUACAUGAAAGCCGGUGUCGUCCUGUCUAUGUUACUUUUUAUUUUAGUUUGAGACAUGGGUUUGAGUAUUUGUGUGCUACGUAAUAUGCAUGUGAUAUUAGGUUCUUGGUUUGGUAGGGGAUUUUUGCUACUAAAUAAGUAUCCAUAAGAAAAAAGGAGGUUUAAUUAUGCUCACUAACAAAAACUUCUCUUUGUCCGAGGGAUGUAUUUGUCGGGGAGCAUUUUGUGGCUCGUGUAAACCCCUAGUUAUCUUAGUGAUUCGUAGCAAGUAUGAUUUCAGACCUAUAUAUUUAGGGUUUCCUUCUUAAAUAAGGAUGGUUUAUCUCUUCAAAUUUUGUGAAGCACUUGAAUUUUCUGUUUCUCGCAUGUAUUAGAAGAGAAAAUUGGUGUGCUUCACUUCAUUGUUGUACGAUAACCUUCAAUUAAAGACUCUUACUAUUGUAUCUCUUUUCAUUACAUAUCAUGUGAUUUCGAUCUUCUUCUUGUUACAAAGAUUCACGCUUUUGUGUUUUGUAUGAAUCAACUUACUACUCAAA